AUGGCAGUCCGAGCACAGUUUGAAAACAACAACGAAAUAGGGGUAUUCAGCAAGCUGACAAAUUCCUAUUGUUUGGUUGGAAUUGGUGCUUCGGAAACAUUUUACAGUGUAUUUGAAUCAGAAUUAUCUGAUAUCAUACCUGUUAUCCAUGCAUCUGUUGCUGGAUGUCGCAUUGUUGGCCGUAUGACGGUUGGCAACAAAAAUGGGUUACUAUUACCCAAUUCUACUACAGACACUGAAUUGCAACACAUACGCAAUUCGUUGCCCGACAAUGUCAAGGUACAACGUGUGGAAGAACGUUUAUCUGCUCUUGGAAAUGUAAUGGUGUGCAAUGAUUAUGUAGCACUAGUUCAUCCUGAUUUGGACAAGGAUACAGAAGAGAUACUUUCAGAUACUUUAAAUGUUGAAGUAUACAGACAAACCGUGGCGUCCAACUGCUUAGUAGGUUCAUACUGCGCUAUUUCUAAUCAAGGAGGAUUAGUACAUCCUAAAACCACGGUGGAAGACCUUGACGAAUUGUCUGGUUUGAUUCAAGUUCCCCUUGUAGCUGGAACAGUAAACCGUGGUUCAGACGUCGUGGGAGCUGGUAUGGUUGUGAAUGAUUGGUGUGCUGUUUGUGGUACAGAUACUACAUCAACAGAAAUUUCCGUCAUUGAUAGUAUAUUCAAAUUAGAUCCAGACGGUGUGCACAAAAUGAAAAAACUCAAAGGUCCACUUAUCGACAGUAUCAAAGCUUCAUAA